AAUUCAUCUCAAGUAAUUCGUAACUUAUCAAAAUCGGAACUUGCAAGUUCCUGUCUUAUUCAAGCAAUUAAACCCGAAAGGAAUCUCAAGAAAAUAGACUUGUUAGAAUUUUUAAUUGACAAAAUCGAUCAACCUAUCGAAGCUCUAAAAAGUGCAUUAGAUCAUUAUAAAGUUGGAUUCAAGUUUAACUAUGAGACAAUUAAAUCAACGCAGAAAAUUAGAUCGUUAUCUGUUAACUCCAAUCUUUAUUAUUGGAUUCUGAAAAAUUAUGGUCCUAAUUCUGAGGUAACACAGAAAUGCUUUGAUGACAUUUUCGAAUCGAGAAUUUGGGUGGACUUAAAAUUACAGAAAACUCCAGACAGAGAAGUUCCGGAGGGACUGACUAUCGGCGCCUUUAAUUCUAUUUGCUCAAUUUAUCUCGAAUUCUGUAAUGAAAAGGUUCCAUUUAAAAACAGUUAUUUGCAAUAUUUACAAUUGGCAAAAAAUCAUGAAAUCAUUCACCCAUUUUUCAAAAUAAAUUUACAUCAUGUAUUUGACUUACCACCGUUAAAGUUUUCUUUAAAAAUUACAUAUGAAUAUAUUAGGCCAGAAAUUAAAUUAAACAGAGCUCAAAGAAAUAAGAGAAAAUCUAAUGAAAUAAGUAACCAGCAAGCUCAUAAUGAAAGUGAAAGGAAAAAUUGGUUUGAGUUACUUGAAAAAAUAUAUUACCACAAACUUCAUACAGAUAAUUCUGAUAUUACUGAAAAUUUUAAAGAAAGCUUUGAAAGCUUUUGGGAUAAAAUUAUACUGGCUAACAUUCCAGAAUUAAAAUAUUUAAGUAAUAAUUCUAAUAGAAAUAAUGAAAAUGAACUUCAACAAUUUACACAAUUUUCUGAAGUUUUUUCAAAAAAACAAAGGCAAUGA